GCAGAAUUUCUUCAGCACAGCAGGAUCAGUGGCUCAGGAAAACCAAUGUAUCGUGUCGUCCUGCGUGAAAUAAUUAGGAUUAAAGAAAACAAACAAACAAGUGAAGAAUCCUAACGAGCAAUUUUAUUUCUGCCGUGGACAAUAAGAUUAUGAUCUUGCACAGGCUUGUUAAUGCCUUGCUGCGAAAAACUGAGCAUGGCUUUAAUAGAGUUUCUUAAAGGUUUAUAUAGUGAAUGUUUCCAGAGGUACUACAAAAGCAGAACAUCCUUUUAAUUUCCUUCCUUAUAGUUAAAACUGGACUUCAGUAGCCAUCUGUUCUUAGAGACAUUCAAAAGAGGAUGUUGAGGCUUAUAACAUUGAAAUACCAAAGUGUAGAAAGGACGACCCUCUGUAGAAACAGGAUUCUUUAAAACACUCCUAGAAAAAGUUGGUAUAUGGGACUGAUCGGGUGACAAUUGGAUACAUGGAAAAGAUAAAUGACAAUGACGGCAACCCAAGCAGCAGCCACCAGGCCCUAAAAGGAACCGCCAGAUGGGCUGCGUCACUGGAGAACCUCCUAGAGGACCCAGAAGGAGUUAAACGAUUUAGGGAAUUUUUAAAGAAAGAAUUUAGUGAAGAAAACGUUUUGUUCUGGUUAGCAUGUGAAGAAUUUAAGAAAACACAAGAUAAGAAACAGAUGCAAGAAAAAGCUAAAGAGAUUUAUAUGACUUUCCUGUCCAGUAAAGCUUCCUCCCAAGUCAAUGUUGAAGGCCAGUCCCGUUUGAAUGAGACAAUAUUGGAGACACCUCAUCCUCUAAUGUUUCAAAAACUCCAGGACCAGAUAUUCAAUCUCAUGAAGUACGACAGCUACAGCCGCUUCUUAAAGUCAGACAUGUAUCUAAAACAGAAGAAGUCCGAGGAACAGGACGAGAAUUCAUCAGAGGCUCAAUCUGCAGCAAAAAGAGCAUCAAGAAUUUACAACACAUGAUCCAAAGAAGUCUUUUAGGACAAGCAAUGAAAAAUUAACUCAACUCUCAGGAACAGUCUUUGUGUUUAUAACAGUUGCAUUUAAAGCUUGAAAAAGCACAACAUCCUUUUAAGGGAUACUUACCUUUUUAAUGGCUUGAAUGACUAAUUGGUUUUGCAUGAUAGCUAAUACCAAACACCCCUGAAACGACUGUUUCCUAAACUGCAAGGCUGGGGAAUUCCUAAGUAGCAUGAAUUACUUUCUGCAUUUCACAAGUUAAAAUGCUUUCCAAAACUUGCAUUUUUGUGAGGCAUCACAAACGUACAACAUGGAAGACAGGGUUGCUUUCGCCUUUUGAUAUUUUUUUACCUUUCCUGCUUAUAUAUUUGUGAAUUAUUGGGAGCAGAUAUGGAGUAGCAGUGUCAGUUACUUUCUGGAUGAGUCAUUCAAAGAUGAGUUUACUGAUUAUCAUUGCAGGGCCAUAUCGUUUAGGGUUAAUUCUAAUAAAACCCAAUUUCUAAACCCCCCCAAGAUGUAAGCCUCAUUUUUCAAACCUGUUUCUAGGAGAGAUAUUGAAAGGCUAUUUCAGGUUUGUAUUUGCCUUUUUGUUGAACUAACAGGAGGAUUUCUUUAGUCAGGAUUUUCAUUACUGAAUUUUUCUAAUUUCAUGACAUUUCCCAUAACAGACUAUCAGCCGCUUUGGAAGAUAGAAGCCCAUAGCCAGCCAACAGAAACAGUAUGUCAAGUUUUUUAGGACAAGCUACAGUGUUUUCAUACCUAGGAUGAAACUAUAAUGAAACUAUAAUGAAAAAAAAUCAAGAUGGAAAAGUAUCCUUCACAAUCCUCAAAACACAUUAAGAAACCUGCCAGCUGCUGCCCCAUUUUGGGCAUUGUGACUCCAAGCAGGCAGGCUCUGAGGUCUAGAGUGCAUGUUUAGCACUUGAGCCAGCAAGCGCAUAAUUUUGAAGUCGAAUUGAGUUUUGGCAAACAUUAGGUCUCUCCCAGCCCCCUGAGGCAUCCUGCCUCUGCUGCCAGAAGCUCUAUUGCAGAGAAUGCGUGAAGUGCCAGUCUUCAUUUUUUUCAGUUUUACUUUGCUAAAAUCAUUUGUUCUCGUUCAGUCUGAUUUUGUUUCUCCCAAACAAAUGUUUUAGGCUUUUCAGUGCACGCAUUUUAAUACCUCCAACAGAACAGCGAGGUUAAAGUUGUGGUAUUGCCAUUUCCAUGGCAUGCUUGAGAUGGUAUUCUCUGGGCAGAGGUAAACUCAAUAUAUUGAUGAUGAAAUGUCAAGAGUAAUAAAGGAAAAAGCAGGUGGAAAACU